AUGGUAACAACAAAAUGGAGCUUGUGUUUAAUCUUCUGCCUUUCUUACUCAAGGCUUGUGAUUGCUUCUCCUGCUAACCAUGUGUGCCUUCCAGACCAGAGGGAUGCUCUUUUGGAGUUCAAGAACGAGUUUUAUAUCCCAAGCCCCGAUUCUGAUUACAUGAUGUUUAAAACGAAGACAGAGACGUGGAUGAACAACACUGAUUGCUGUUCUUGGGAUAGUGUCUCUUGUGAUCCUAAGACAGGCAAGGUCGUUGAGUUAGACCUCAUUGGCAGUGAUCUCAAUGGCCCUUUGAGAUUUAAUAGUAGCCUGCUUGUGAUUGCUUCUCCUGCUAACCAUGUGUGCCUUCCAGACCAGAGGGAUGCUCUUUUGGAGUUCAAGAACGAGUUUUAUAUCCCAAGCCCCGAUUCUGAUUACAUGAUGUUUAAAACGAAGACAGAGACGUGGAUGAACAACACUGAUUGCUGUUCUUGGGAUAGUGUCUCUUGUGAUCCUAAGACAGGCAAGGUCGUUGAGUUAGACCUCAUUGGCAGUGAUCUCAAUGGCCCUUUGAGAUUUAAUAGUAGCCUGUUUAGACUACAACAUCUUCAAAGCAUAGAUCUUAGCUUCAGUAAUCUCUCGGGUAUUCUACCGGAUUCGAUUGGCAACCUCAAAUAUUUGAGGAUUUUGAGUCUUCGUUAUUGCAAUCUCUUUGGGAAGAUUCCAUCCUCACUUGGAAAUCUUACUUAUCUAAGUAAUCUUGAUCUUUCUUAUCAUGAUUUCAACAGUAAGCUACCGUAUUCCAUCGGCAACCUCAAAUAUUUGAGGGUUUUGAAUCUCGUAAAUAGCAAUCUCUUUGGAAAGAUUCCAUCCUCACUCGGAAAUCUUACUUAUCUAAGUAAUCUUGAUCUUUCUUAUAAUUAUUUCAACAGUGAGCUACCGUAUUCGAUUGGAAACCUCAAAUAUUUGAGGGUUUUGAGUCUUGGUUAUUGCAAUCUCGUUGGGAAGAUUCCAUCCUCACUCGGAAAUCUUACUUAUCUUACUAAUCUUGAUAUUUCUAAUAAUGAUUUCAACGGUGAGCUACCAUAUUCCAUCGGCAACCUCAUAUAUUUGAGGGUUUUGAAUCUCGUAAAUAGCAAUCUCUUUGGAAAGAUUCCUUCUUCAUUCGGAAGACUUUCUUAUCUCACUGAUCUUGAUCUUUCUUAUAAUUAUUUUGCCAGUGAAGGACCAAACUCGAUGGGGAGACUAACAGAUUUUCAACUAGUGCUACUCAACUUGAGCUCGCUCGUCCGGAUAGACCUUGGUUCUAACCAGUUCAAAGGUAUGCUCCCAUCUAAUAUGAGUAGCCUUUCUAAACUGGAGUCUUUUGAUAUUAACGAGAAUUCAUUUUCUGGACCCGUUCCCUCUUCUCUCUUCAUGAUCCCUUCGUUGAUUGAACUUAACCUGGGACGUAACCACUUCAUCGGUCCUCUUGAGAUUGUGAAUUUCUUCUCUUCACAAUCUAACAUUUCAAAAUUAUACAUUGGAGAAAACAAUUUUAGUGGACCAAUCCCAGGAUCUAUAUUGAAACUAGUCGGACUCUCGGAACUUAGCCUCUCUUUCUGGAACACAGGAGGGGACAUUGUUGAUUUUAGCAUUUUCUUGCAUCUCAAGUCACUUUCCUCACUUGAUCUUUCAGGGAUUCAAUUGAAUAUCAGUUCAACGCUCCAUCUUCCCUCAAGCAUGAGAAACUUGGUUUUAUCAUCAUGCAAUAUUGAUGAAUUCCCCAAGUUUCUACAAAACCACACCAGUUUGUAUAGUUUAGACAUCUCUUCCAAUCAAAUUGAAGGCCAAAUACCAGAAUGGUUAUGGAGUCUUCCAGAGUUGGCGUACGUAAACAUUGCUCAAAAUUCCUUCAGUGGAGAACUAACUAUGUUACCAAACUCAACUAUCGAAAGCUUUAAAGCCUCUGAUAAUCAGUUUUCGGGAGAGAUUCCUAGAGCAAUAUGUGAAGUUGGUACACUUGAUCUUUCCAACAACAACUUCAGCGGUUCUAUUCCCCGGUGUUUUGGAGUUUCCAUUACAUCUCUUUCGAUCUUGCAUCUUCGUAAUAACAGUCUCUUUGGUGUUUUCCCAGAGGAGAUUAUCAGUGCUAACUUGAAAUCACUUGAUGUUGGUGGCAACCAGUUAUCAGGACAACUUCCCAAGUGGCUGAUGAACUGCACUCAUCUCCAGUUUUUGAACGUGGAAGAUAACAGAAUCAAUGACAAAUUUCCAUUCUGUGGAGUCUUGCCAUCAGAUUACUUCGUUGGUUGGAGUGAAAUGUCAUCGGUCGUAGCCAAGGUUGAUUUUAUGCCUCGGUAUAGGGUUUUUGGAGAUGACCUAGAUUCCUAUCUUAGAUAUGUGAAACUAACGAUUAAAGGAGUGGAAAGGGAGCUGGUAGGGAGUGGUUUCAAAAUCUAUAAAAACUUGGAUGUCUCCGGAAACAGACUCGAAGGAGAUAUUCCAGAAUCCAUUGAUUCCACCAUUUCUGUCAAACUUGACCAAUCUCCAAUCAUUGGAUCUAUCUCAAAACAGAUUAUCCGGCAGUAG